AUGAUGAACACCGCAUCGGGUAGAUUCUCUAACACAAGCAUCGCGGCAGCAAUUAUUUUGCGUACCAACGAGCGCCACGCGUGGGCAGGAUCGGUCACGAAUUAUCAGCUCCCCAUGUUCGUUAAAGUAUGCAGAGUCCCCAUCUCAGACCAAGCGCGCCGCGUACGAGACGCAAGGAAUCGGGCCGCCCUUAAGGAGAGAGCAAGGGCGCACCGCUACGGCCAGAGAAAAUUCCUUGGAGGGGGGGCUUUUGGUGAGGCCUACCUCAUCACCUAUAAUGACACUGUCGCAGUUUUGAAAGUUGCGAUCAGUGAGGGCAGGUUCAUGAAAUUCGACAAGGAGUUUCAGAUUCUGGGCCUGUUGAAUGGUGCCGGUGGAGCCCCCCUCCCCUUGAGCUUUAUCGAGAAUCCCCUCUCCUUCAUCAUGACCUAUAAAGGUCCGAUUACGCUUCACGAUGCACUUCAUGACUGGACCUGGAGAGAUGAGGACAUUCUAGAAAUAUGCCUCAAUGUCUGCAGGCGCGUGACGGAAGUCCACCGGAAAGGGAUCGCGCACAAUGACCUCAAAAAAGACAACGUCAUUGUCACCCCGGACAACGACGUAAGUAUAAUCGACUAUGGCAACGGUGCCAGAUUAGGCGACUGCUUUUGUUAUGCUGGUUCUGGUGGAUCCGGAGGGUGCCGUUGGAUAGCGCCCGAAAUGUAUGAGCGACACCCACUGACUGUCAAAUCUGAUGUGUAUUCAGUGGGUGUCAUCCUCUUUGACAUGUACCAAAGGGCAAAAUCCUUCCCCGAGUACCCACGAGUCAUUGAUGAGGCUCUUCAUGAGGAUCCGGAUCGGCGCCCAUCCUUGGAGACAGUCAUGCAGUACUUAUAA